AUGAACUGGUAAUGUCAGAACUGAACUCUACACUGUACUGCACACAUCACGCUACUGUAGCUUCAAGGCAAAAUGAAAUUAUGUUCCAUGAAAAUUGUCAUUUGGAUAACUACGACCAUCUUCUCAACCCAGACUGAGGCCAGGGUGGUGAUAUAUGGUCAGUUGGGGGACACCGUCAUGCUGCCCAAUGAACAGCGGAGCAGGGAGGUCCGUUGGACCAGAGAGCCUGGACGCAGGGCUCUACUUACAAUGCUCUCCAAUAGUGUACCAUCAAUAGACCCAGAGAUGAUUGGCAGAGUGUCACUCUCCGGCUACUCUCUCGUCUUAAAGGACCUGAAACUUGAAGAUUUCACCGUCUUCAAGUGUCACCUAAGCAACUACGAAUCAAAAGAGUACCAACUGUAUCAGAUCAAAGUCAGUGCCGUUUCUGCCACUGUCCUGGCCACGCAGGAUCUCUCUCUGAGCUGCACGGUACCAAAAAGUGACGUUUCAACAAUAAUAAGCUGGAGUGACCCCCAGGACCAAAAGGCCGAGGGCUCCAGAUUCCGCCUCGGGGAGCACACUCUGACAGUGCUCAAUGUCUCAGCGCGAGAUCACGGGAAGUGGACCUGCAUAGUCACCUACGGUACUAGCAAGGCCACGGCCACUCUGUUCGCCACUGUAGUAGACAUCUCUCCCUCUCCACCUCAGCCCCUCUACACCUCCUUGAGCUCCUCCUCGCCUUCCCUGCUCCUCCCCUGCUCCCUGCACACGAGGUUUGACUCCUCCACUCUCGGGAGCGUUGGGCUGAAAGCGGGCCACUGGAGCUUCGCCCCGUUCCCGUGGGACGCGGCCCCGGAGGGCCCUCAGAAGCUCCUGGACCUCUCGCUGGGGCCCCGGCUGCGCUGGGUGACCCCGAGCGGGCAGAGGCUGAACGGCACGGCCCUGGAGACGGACGCCGACCGCACCAACCUCUCCAUCAGCAGGAAGGUGGAGGAGGGAGGGGGCCUCUACACCUGCACGCUGGAGUUCAACAGCGGCGUGACGCUGAGCCGGACUCUGCGGGUGGAGGUCCUGAGAAUUGUGUCCUCUCCUGGUAACCCUGCCCUGGAGGGCCAGGGGCUCAACCUCACCUGCACCCUGGGCCCCUCUUCGCUGCUCAGGGGCCUUGAACUGAAGUGGAGCGUCCCUCGACAAUCCAGCCUCUCCCCGCUCCCCGCCUCCCCCCACCGGCCCCUCCAGGGCAUCCCACGCGUGAGCGAGAAGGACAAGGGCAUCUGGAAGUGUGACCUGCUGAAGGACGACAAAGUGCUGGCCACCGCCACACUGAACCUGAGAACGGAGAGGGUCCCUGUGGACGCGUGGCUGGUGGUGUCCGUCUGCGGGGCGGCCGUGGUGCUCUUCCUCCUCCUGGCCCUCGUCUUCCUCUGCGUCCGGAGGCACAGACAGCAGAAGAUGUUCAUGAGAAGACGACGCAAGACCAAAUACUGCCGCUGCAAACAUCCUCAAGUAAAAGGUUUCUAUCGGAGCUGAGAGACUAUUGGAAUGGAAGAUGGAGGGCUGUGUUCCUGUCAACAUAGCACCUACAAUGUAUAUAAUAACUAUUGAUAUUUUUGAUAAUGUGAAUUUUGUUCCAGUUUUAAUGAAAAUAGCCAAGUUGUCAACAUUACAUAAAGUUGGUGAUGUAUGUAAAUAAAUGUGUUAUAAUAUAUGUUAUUCUUAAGCUGUUCUUUUUGUGAACUUCUCAAACCGAAUAAAUACUCAUUGUCUAGAAACCGUCUACAAAGUA